CCUCCGCUUCUCCCCACACAAACAUCUCCCACGAUCCAUCCAAGUUCACGAGCGCAGAGUUUGAGAAACCAAGCACAGCAUCCGUCUGCUUCUUUUGCUUGCUUGCUUCUCUUUCUCUGCGACCAGAUCCUCCCACCGUCUCGUCUCAAUGGCCGCCGUCUCCACCAAGUCCAUUGCUCUCCUCGCCGCGGUGGUGCUCGUGGCGCUGGUUGCGUCGGCGGCAGGGAGGAUUGUGGAGCGGGAGGAGGAGUUCUUCCUGGGCAGCCUCGCCCCCUCGCUCGCCCCGGCGCCGGCGCCGGCGGCGGUGGUCGGCGCGGCAGGCGCCGUCGCGCCCGGGGCGUGGGCCGUGGCCGCCGUCGUCUCGUUCCUCGCCUUCCUCGCUCACUGAGCCGUCGCUGCGCUGCGGACGGUCAUGGGUGCCUAGCUUGAGAGAUGGAAUCCUGCAAUCUGAAUUGCGGCGAGUCGCGUCUGUUUGUUUCGUUCAGUUUAGUUGGUUGGCUAGACUAGCAGUACUAGUAGUGAUCUAUGCAGUGAUGGUGUUGCGUACUGGGUAUCUCUCUCUUUUGCCUGUAUAAGAGAGAAAGUAUGUUUUAAAUAAUAUUAUUUAUUGAUUAUUCUUUAUAA